AGGUGGGGGCAGCGGCGGCGGCGGCGGCGGUGGCGGCGCCUCUGCAGCUCCCGCUCCCCCUGGCCUCCCGGGAACUACAAGUCCCAGGGGGCCUGGCGGCGGGCGGCGACCGGAAGAGGUGGGAUCGGCGCCGCGAGGACGGAAGUGGACGUGGAAGCGGAAGUGGCGCGGCCGCGGUGGGGCCUGGAGCGCGGCGGCGGGACCUGGAGCGGCGGCUGCUGCGCCUGGGGGCGGCGGCGGUGGCGGCGGCGGCGGCGCGCUAGAAGCAGCCAUGGCAAAGCAGUACGACUCAGUGGAGUGCCCUUUUUGUGACGAGGUGACCAAGUAUGAGAAAAUUGCCAAGAUCGGCCAAGGCACCUUCGGGGAGGUGUUUAAGGCCAAGCACCGCGAGACCGGCCAGAAGGUGGCCCUGAAAAAAGUGCUGAUGGAGAAUGAGAAAGAAGGGUUCCCCAUUACAGCUUUGCGGGAAAUCAAGAUCCUCCAGCUUCUAAAACAUGAGAAUGUGGUCAACUUGAUUGAGAUUUGUCGAACCAAAGCUUCCCCGUACAACCGCUGCAAGGGCAGCAUAUACCUGGUGUUUGACUUCUGUGAGCAUGACCUUGCUGGGCUGCUGAGCAAUGUCUUGGUCAAGUUCACACUGUCUGAGAUCAAGAGGGUCAUGCAGAUGUUGCUCAACGGCCUCUACUAUAUCCACAGGAACAAGAUCUUGCACAGGGAUAUGAAGGCAGCCAAUGUCCUCAUCACCAGGGAUGGGGUCCUGAAGCUGGCAGACUUUGGGCUGGCUCGAGCCUUCAGCCUGGCCAAGAACAGCCAGCCUAACCGCUAUACCAACCGUGUGGUGACACUGUGGUACCGGCCACCGGAGCUAUUGCUUGGGGAACGGGACUACGGCCCGCCCAUCGACCUGUGGGGAGCUGGGUGCAUUAUGGCAGAGAUGUGGACCCGCAGCCCUAUCAUGCAGGGCAACACGGAGCAGCACCAGCUUGCCCUUAUCAGCCAGCUCUGUGGCUCCAUCACCCCGGAGGUAUGGCCAAACGUGGACAAGUAUGAAUUGUUUGAAAAGCUAGAGCUGGUCAAGGGCCAGAAGCGGAAGGUGAAGGACAGGCUAAAGGCCUACGUGCGUGACCCCUACGCCCUGGACCUCAUUGACAAGCUGCUGGUAUUGGACCCCACACAGCGUAUCGACAGCGACGAUGCCCUCAACCAUGACUUCUUCUGGUCGGACCCCAUGCCCUCAGACCUCAAGGGCAUGCUAUCUACCCACCUGACAUCCAUGUUUGAGUACCUGGCCCCACCACGUAGGAAGGGCAGCCAGAUCACCCAGCAGUCCACCAACCAGAGCCGAAAUCCAGCCACUACCAACCAGACGGAGUUUGAGCGCAUCUUCUAAGAGCCGGUGCGGGCCUCCUGUUUCCUCUGUGUCACUGACUUGCAUUGUGGAGACCGGUGGGGCAUCUGAGUGUCAUCUUCCAGCGCGUAGCUUAUUUGCUCCCCACACUGGGCACUGGGGAUGACCAGCAAGUGGACUGGCAUGGGAGGAACAUUGGCUGAAGCCAAGAGAGUGUGGAGCUGGGGCCGCCUUGGCCCUUGUUGGUUCCAGGAUGGUGCCCGGGUAGUCAUUAGAAGUGGAAUGGGAGGCCUGCCGACCAGAGACUUUAUAAGAACUCACGGUGGUGGGAGGAGGGAACAGUCCCUCGCCAUCCCCAGAGGCACGAAGUUUGGGAAUGGGGGUAGGAGCUGGGAAGGGAGCCCAAGUCCCGGCCUGCUGGCCCCAAGGCCCAGCUGCACUCGGCCUAGCCCUCAUGGGCACCAGGGCCAACAAAGACUCUUGGUUUCUUCAAUAGGGAAUUUUAUUGUGCUUUGUCCAUUUGUUCAGAGACAUUCCUAGUUGAAAUUUGGUCAAUUGCAAUUAAAAGUUGACUAUUUUCCAGUA